AUGAAUUUCACCGAGCUCCUCAACAAUGGAUCGUCCCUUGAUGAUCUCAAUGAACCACAUCUGCUAUAUGAUUUUCCAUUGAGUCAGUACCAUUCCAGUGGUUCUCCUUUUGAAGAGACAUAUACUACUGAAGCUCACACUGAUCAAGAGACGCCAUGUGCACCUAGCAGCAAUAAAUCACAAAAACAAUCUCAAAGAACUAUCAACUUUUCUCCUGAGGAAGACAAACUUCUUAUAGCCGCAUGGCUGAAUACAAGCUUAGAUCCAAUCAAAGGAUCUGAUCAAAAGAAGAACCAAUUUUGGAAAAGAAUUACUCGAUACUUUGAAGAUCAUAAGAGUUGGUCGGAUGAACGAACUGAAAAAUCACUGACGAACCGCUGGUCAAAAAUAAGUUUCAGUGUGAGUAGGUUUUGUGGAUAUUAUGUUGCAGUUGAACACUUGCGGAAAAGUGGAUACACAGAGGCAGCAACUAGAAUCUUCAAGGCUCCUACUAAAAAUCAAAUUUCAAUUAACUUGGAAGAUGAUAAUGGAAAUGCUCCUGAACCUGCACCCUUGAAGAGGCCUAUUGGAAGAAAGGCUGCAAAAGAAGCGAACAAAAAAACAAAAUCCAACGAGCAAGGUGAUGAUGAUGAGAAGGAAUCUUCAAAAGUCCGUUCUGAGUUGGAAGAGUUUAGGGCAAGGAGACUAGAAAGUGACCGCGUAAAGGCAGAACAACUUAAGUUGCUAAUUGAUAUUGAGCAAAAGCAAGUUGCUCUUAGAGAAAAGGAAAUUGAACUUCACGCUCGAAGUGAGGAAACUAAAAUAAUGUCUAUGGAUACUAGUUCCAUGAAUCCUAUUCAAUCAGAGUAUUUCAUCAGCCUUCAGAGAGAAAUUUUGGCAAAAAGAGCUGGUAAGAAUGGAAAUGAGUAG